AUGGCUAGUGAGGAUAGUUUUCUAGUGCUAGUACACCACAGAGGAUCGAUUAAGAGAAAAACUCGGUCUGGGGUGAAGUUCACGGAUAAGGAUCCUCUAUGUAUUAUCGUGAGCCCCGCGACCAGUUACGAUGGUCUCAUGAGCUCUGUGCUUGGCAAACUUGGUCUGGAAGGAGUGAAGAGAGUUAAGAAGUUUUUCUAUCGCAUUCCAAUCACGGUGCUCCACGAUACGGUGAAGUAUGAUUGUUUCACGAUCGGGAGUGAUGAGGACUUGCAGGUCAUGUUUCUUUCUCGUAGGCAGUUUCUGGAGGUGAGGACACCGGAGCUAUUGGCUAAGUUCGUCGACGUGGUAUCUAGCUCUGGUUGGUCGAACCGGAAUGCCAACACUAUAGCCACGGCAGCCGGUUCGAGCUCGAGACCUGCGGUUGCUUCUUCCUCCGAUCCAGUGUAUGAGGCAGUGGUCCAGCCUGCCGCCUCCCCAUCGUUUGCUGUUGAUCUCGCCGGCAAUGUUGGAGAUGAGGUUGGAUAUGAUGAACAUCAUCCGACUGAAGUACAGUGUCCUCCACCGGCUGGUGUUGGCGAGGGAUUGUGUGAUGAUCCAGAUGAUGAUGAAGUCGAGCCAGAUAUUAUCGCUGAUGAAAGCGGCGAUGAUGUUGGAGCGAGUGAUCCGAUAAGGCCUACUGGUGGUUCUAGUUCUGGCACAAAUCAGUACCCACCCCAUUUUUCAUCUUUGGAUCUGGAUGCCAUGAGGCAGGACGAACAUCUUGGGCAGCUAACUAGAUUUGGCGCUAGAGAUACCGACGGGUCUGCCGGUAUGACAGAGUUCCAGACGUACAGCAUCCGCCGAGGGGUACAGUACAAGGUGGUUGAGUCUGACUAUCGCCGAUGCGUGGGAAAGUGUUCUGAAUUUGGGAAUGGGUGCACAUGGUUGAUUAGGCUGAGCCUCCGACAGCACAAGGGUAUCUGGGAAGUCAAGAGGUACAACGGGCCGCAUACCUGUCUCGCCACCUCCAUCUCCAGCGACCAUAGGAGCUUGGACUACCACGUGAUAGCGACAUUCAUCAUGCCAAUGGUUAGGGCUGACGCAUCCGUCAACAUCAAGGUGCUUCUAAAUGCAACGGCAGCACACUUUGGCUUCAGGCCUACAUACCGGAGGGUGUGGAUGGCAAAGCAGAAGGCGGUAGCAAUCAUCUACGGGGACUGGGAUGAGUCGUACAACGAGCUCCCUCGGUGGGUCUUAGGAGUUCAGUUGACUAUGGCUGGCACUGUAGCAGUCCUCAGGACCUGCCCUGUUCGAGUUGGUGGACAGGACGGGAAUUCCAACAUACUCACUGUGGCAUUCGCACUAAUUGAGGGUGAGAAUGCUGAGUCAUGGUCCUUCUUUCUCUCCCACCUCCGUCAGCACGUGACACCUCAGCCAGGUCUGUUAGUUAUUUCAGAUAGGCAUAACGGCAUCAAGGCAGCACUUGAGGCACCUGAUGGGGGAUGGCUACCUCCGUCUGCAUACCGGGCAUUCUGCAUUCGACACGUUGCAGUGAAUUUCGCCCUCACCUUCAAGGGCAAAGAUGCUCGGAGGCUUCUUGUGAACGCCGCAUAUGCGAAGACCGAGGUGGAGUUUGACUACUGGUUCGACAUCCUGCGCUCUGAGAAUCUGGCAAUGUGUGACUAG